GUGUUAGUUUAGGCUGUAUCUCAGUAUUUAUUAUUUUAAAGGAGAGAAAAAGUGGUUAAUCUGGCUAUUCAUAUUCUAACAACACCAUACGCAGCGAUGCAAAUGCGUUAUGUAAGAGGAAACGUAACUACACAGUCACCAGAACAGAAUUUAUUUGUGUCAAAUAUGAAAAUACAGUAGAAAGCAGGUCAGCUGUGAUAAAAACCAGUUGGAUGUGUUGCUUUUUUCUGCAUCAUCAGGUUAUCUAGGCAUGUUCACCUCACUGUUAAGCUGUUUAUAGGAGUGAAGGCCAACUCAGACAGUCAGUGAUGAUUUACACAGAAUUAGAAAUUGUAAAUCAGCAGUACAGCCCGGAGUUUUAUCUUUGGUCAGAUUAACAGGAAUGAACUUGUUUGAUGAGAUCUUAUCUUUACCGAAGGCUUUCUGGACCUUAUUAGUAUCUGACUACAAUACAUGAAGCCUGUAACUGAAGAAUUUAGAAAUGCAAAAAUGACGACAAUGAUGAUGAUGAUAUCCAGUCCAGUAUUAAAAAGGUAUUUCUGUAGAAAAACCUCUGAAAAUUUGCACAGCAGAAUUUGUUUAAAGGAUUGCGUAUAACUUAACCAUUUCAUUUAACAAAUACAAAGUCCCUUUUACACAUAUUUUUCUGCAGAGCUCAGAGGUGUUGCUUUACUUUCGAUGCAGUAAUGAAAAUUUGAAUAAUUUUCAUACAAUAAAUCAGUUGAAUGAGUUAAUUUGUGCUCAAUUAACUAAAGAUCUUAUCAAUCUAAACACUUUUAUUGCUCUCAAAAGAUGGAAAGAAAACAUAUUGAAAAUUAAAAUAUAAAAACAUGAGAGUUCAUUCAGCUAUAUCUGAAAAUUACUCAGCAGCUUCUAUACGCAUGUUGGAAAUUAUCUGUUUUUGCACAACUUCUGAAAGUGUUUUACAUUAUUUUUGUAGAAUUUCUUCACCUGCCUUCCCCUGACUGUCAAUAAAUCUUCUUGUACAAUCCUUCUUAUGGUCGUAUUUUAGCACUCCUUUGGUCUACUACAGGAUGGAAGCAUCAAGUGUAGUCAUCACUGGAGGAUUUCCACAGCUGACGCAACACAUUCAACAACCACCUCAAACAAAAGAGAUUUCCGGGAGGUGAACUCUGUACUUCAAACUCCAGCUGAAGAAAAGACAAACGUCCUCGAAGGGAUCCAUCAAACCUGUACAGUGGUGAAAUGUCAGGGGGCUGAGGUUGGAUCAGCAGCUCUCCACCAAUCAAAUCAGUCGUGUCCCCCUUGAUACUGGACUCAUGGAACGGUGCCGUCCCCGUCAUCCUCGGCUCUCACCCACCUGGAGACACAUUCACCUGCCUUUCUGAAGCAGACAUCUUGUGGUUUUUUUUUAUUGCUUUCAUUCACGCUCAGAGGCCUGAUCUCCUGGAUAUGGAGGACUUGCCUCACAGGCGCCAUGGCAACUUUCCCCAAAGGCGGGCCACCCUGUUGCCACAGGAAGCCAAGUGUAGACCACAGCUGGCACUGGAGGCCAUGUCAUCUGAGACUGGUCCAAUUCCAGCAUCCAGAGCAGAGGAGCCAAGCCUCCCCACAGAACACCUCAGCAGUACUGAGUUCUGUGAGACGGAGAAGGAGCCAAACUGGUGUUGCAACGGAAAAACCACAGCAGCUUCUCCAUCAUCUGAAAAACAACAACAUCCUGACAAAAGUGUUGCAGCUUUACUGAAGAGAAUAAGGAUUCACCCAGAGGCCCAGAGGAUUCUGGGUAAUUCCUCCAUAGCUGUAGUGAGCCUGGAGCGUCUGAACUUCCAGUCUGUGUCCUUAUCAUCUCUGCAGCCGGUGGUGUCUCUGGUACGACUGCCAUCAGCAUGUGUCGAGCUCCACAAUGAUGUCUGCUGUUGGGAUCCUCCUCAGCAGCAUCCUCCUCUCAACAACCAGCUCCAGUAUAUCCAGAGGAGUCCUCCGCACAGAGACAGGCUUCCUGAUGAGUUUGUUAGUGUCCCUGGCUCUGAUGCUGCUGCUCCAGCAGACAGCAGCGAAGAAUACUGCACCUGCCACAACGGACUAGUAGAAGAUUUGCAACAUCUUACUGAACACAUUGAAGGACCUAAGCUUCCUCAAGAUGUGGAGUCUGCUCUGUCCCUUCCUGUAGACAGCCUCUGUGUUGCAUUUCCAGUCCAGUCUGUUGUCGACGUGGACUCCAAGAAUGGAUUCAGUCACAAUGAGGCAGACAUGUUGGAUAUCGAGGAGGAGACACCUCAGUCUAACCCAGCAGAGCCCUUUGAUCUCCCAGAAACAACAAUGUCAUCCUGGACUGAGCCGUACUGUCCUGACAGCUCCUCGUCUCCAGAACCAGAGCAGGACUCAGGCUUCGACUGUGACUCUAAUCCAGAUCAGCCUUAUAUCCUGUUUGAUUCUGGAUCUGAAGAAUGGGACCCGGACGGGAAAACAGACUCAGAAACACUUUAUUUGGAUCCAGACCCGGAACCGACCAUGGUGAUCGCACUGGAUCCAGAGCCAGAAUCAGAUCAGGAUCAGUCACUGCAGCUAGAAGAUGAGUCUGAAUCCAAAUGUGAAGCGAAUGUAGUUCAAAUGAACAACAGUGAAGAUCAAAGAGAGCGGAGCUGCUCACCGACCCAGGAAGUGAUCGACUCAUCCAUCCAGAAGCCUGAAACUGGAGCUGCGAGCGAGGAGAUUGAGAGUGAAGAUUUCUGCGCCGUGUGUCUGAACGGAGGAGAUCUGCUCUGCUGCGACUGCUGCCCUAAAGUUUAUCACCUGGCCUGUCAUAUACCUCCACUUAUCAGCUUCCCACUAGGCGACUGGGUUUGUACGUUGUGCAGAACUGACCAUGAACCUGCGGAGGCCUACGACUGUGAGAACAUGCACCCCUGCGCAGGAUUCAAAGCUCUGUACACACUGUCCAACGAGGACCAGAGGAGGUGUGAGAAGUUGACUCUACUCUUGUACUGUCACCUGCUCAGCGCUCCGUUCCACGAACCUGUCAGUCCUCUGGCCCGAAACUACUACCAGAUCAUCAAGAGGCCCGUUGACCUUUCAGUGAUACGCAGGAAACUGGACAAGAGCAACACUCUCCACUAUUUCACCGCCGAGCAGUUUGUCGAUGACGUCCUGCUGAUGUUCAAGAACUGCGCUACUUUCAAUUACCCAGACUCAGAGGUGGCCCAGGCCGGUCGAAACCUGGAGGUGUUUUUCUUGAGCAAACUGAAGGAUAUUUUUCCUGACCGGACGUUUCCAUCGGCCAGCCAGGACAGAAUGGACAGAGCUCGCCUCCAGUGGUUCAACAGGAAGAGGAAGGAAAACUACAGGAAGAAGAGAUGCGUGUUUAGAGGGAAAAAAUAUUAUGUGUAACUAGUUUAAACAACACUUGCAGAGUUGUACGUUAAAGCCGUUUAAUCAAUAUCAAACAUGUGGAAGUGAUGUACUUCAUUCCAAAAGCAGAUUUCGACCAUUUGCUAUUUUACAAAGAGAUUGCUUCCAUGAAAAAAAUCACAUUUUCAGGAACUAAUAAGGUUGUGGGUUUUUCUCACAUUUCAGGUAUUUAUGCAGAAUUUUUGGUAGGUAGCUUGUUUUUUUUUUUUUUUUUUACUGUUUUAGAAUAAACUCUUCAAAUUAGAAAUAAAUGAAUUAUUCCUGUUUUUCUGAGUUGUAGACUGUCAUAAACAUCUCAUCAAAUGUGAUUUAAACCUUUCAUGUUUGAAAUUAACUGACUGGAAAUGAGGUAACAUUUGAAAAAUAUGAAUUUUGACUUCAGUUAACUCCACUGACAUUCAUUCUGGGCGUCAAAACUCACAACCAAAGUAAAGUGUAUUUGUGUGUAUACUCACAGUUACAUACAGGGUUUUUAGAUGUUUAUAUGAUGAAACUACUAUAAGGAAUGAUUGAGAACAAGGAGAAAGAAAAACCUAAAAUAUCCCCAUGUGAAAGUAUAUCUAGUAAUUAUUCUCUUAAUCCUGCACACUUUCAGAGACUCUUAAGACUAAUUUUUCUGGUGAAAAAGAUUUGCCACUAGAUACAUGGUCCUUAAUUAUGUUCAGAAUUUGCACGAGCAGUAGUGAAACUGAAUGCUUUUUUAAAUUUUUGGUUUGAUUAUAAAGGAGAUUCAAAUUCUUUAAAUAAUAUAGUGCAUAUCAUGCAUCUAGCAGCAUACCUUUUACACCUGUGUUUCAGGCCCUAACCCUUCACCUGCUGUACCUAAUAUAUGAAAUAAUACAAUUGAUCUGUGUCUAUCAGCAGCUACAUGUGCUGUAUGUCCCUACAAAGGGAUCACCUGUUUAAAAGGAUGAUAGCAAAAGACAGACAGAGAGUAGGAGGAAGACAAGAUGUGAAAGCAGCUUUUACAGGUAACUUCCAGGCUGAGAAAUACUGAUUUUUGUUGAAUAAACGUGGAUAAAUGAUCUGUAUUUUCCUGCAGCAGGUAGCCACUAAAUGAAUUUCAACAAGAUGAAUUCAGCUGUAAAACGUCUUAAUUCUAGUACAAUAAGACUUAAAGGGCGGGUUCACAAUUUUUCAAGUCUGAGCAAGAAGGUUUUUCUUGCUGUAAUCAUUCUUCCUGUACAUACCGGCCGUUAGAAGGUCCCCUCCAAACGUGCCUUUAUAGUAAGUGAUUGGGGACAAAAUCCAUAGUCCUCCUUCUGUGCAAAAAUGUAAGUUUACCCGAAGCUAAUAUGAAGCUUCAGCCAUCCAAAUUAGUCAAAUCGAGUUAAUAUCUUGCUAUAAGUUACUAUCUUUUUAUUACCAAAUUCCCUCUUUUUGUUACUAUACAUAUAUCCUAUUUUAUUGUAUCCUACUGAAAUAUUUUAGUUUGUUUGUUUUAUUGUUUGUUGCAACCUUUCAAUUUGUCAGUUUUUUGCAAUUUUAUAUACUUUGUACUUUGAGCUUUAUCUAAUGUAUGGAAGGUGCUUUAAAAAAAUAGUUAUUAUGGUUAUUGUUAUAUAAAUGACCACAAGGGGGUGUGCUUGUAUCUGAACCUUCACAUUGAUGUUGGAUCAUUCAGUCAAAGGUUUGAAGUUACAAUACUUGCAGUCAGUGAGACUUUUGAAGGAAAAUGAUGUUUAAUAUUGUCUUCUUUCAUUUUUUUCUAUACAUAUUUAGAUUACUACUUCACUUUUCUUAUUUUCCUGCCAGUUGAACUCACUCAGCACAUCUGGAGGAUCAUCUGUUUUCCUCCUCUUAGAAGAUGGUCAUUCACUCUUGUUUGUAAUGGCAAAAAAAGUACCACAGAGACAGACAAUCCAUGACAAUAAAUAUGAAGCCACAAUUUGCUUCAGUUCUCUGUUGUUCAUCGUGCCCGAGUGGACUGUGUUCAUAUCAGUCUGUGGAUUUAGAGAUUUCUUAUUUACGAUGUCCUAAAGCUG